CGCGCGGGUUGAUUCGUCCUUCCUCAGCCGAGGGUGCUCGCAGCUCGGAAAUGGCGGGAUUUGGUGCUAUGGAGAAAUUUCUGGUUGAGUACAAGAGUGCAGUGGAGAAGAAACUGGCAGAGUACAAAUGUAACACCAACACAGCAAUUGAACUAAAAUUAGUUCGUUUCCCUGAAGAUCUUGAGAAUGACAUUAGAACUUUCUUUCCUGAAUAUACCCAUCAACUCUUUGGGGAUGAUGAAACUGCUUUUGGUUACAAGGGUUUGAAGAUCCUGUUAUACUAUAUUGCUGGUAGCCUGUCAACAAUGUUUCGUGUUGAAUAUGCAUCUAAAGUUGAUGAGAAUUUUGACUGUGUAGAGGCAGAUGAUGUUGAGGGGAAAAUUAGACAAAUCAUCCCACCUGGAUUUUGUACAAACACAAAUGAUUUUCUCUCUUUGCUGGAAAAAGAAGUUGAUUUCAAGCCGUUUGGAACCUUACUCCAUACAUACUCUGUUCUCAGUCCAACAGGAGGGGAAAACUUUACCUUUCAGAUUUACAAGGCUGACAUGACAUGUAGAGGCUUUCGAGAAUAUCAUGAAAGGCUUCAGACCUUUUUGAUGUGGUUUAUUGAAACUGCUAGCUUUAUUGACGUGGAUGAUGAAAGAUGGCACUACUUUCUAGUAUUUGAGAAGUAUAAUAAGGAUGGAGCUACGCUCUUUGCGACUGUAGGCUACAUGACAGUCUAUAAUUACUAUGUGUACCCAGACAAAACCCGGCCACGUGUAAGUCAGAUGCUGAUACUGACUCCAUUUCAAGGUCAAGGCCAUGGUGCUCAACUUCUUGAAACAGUUCAUAGAUACUACAUUGCAUCUCCUUCUGUUCUUGAUAUUACAGCUGAAGAUCCAUCCAAAAGCUAUGUGAAAUUAAGAGACUUUGUGCUUGUGAAGCUUUGUCAAGAUUUGCCCUGUUUUUCCCGGGAAAAGUUGAUGCAAGGAUUCAGUGAAGACAUGGCAAUAGAGGCACAACAGAAGUUCAAAAUAAAUAAGCAACAUGCUAGGCGGGUUUAUGAAAUUCUUCGACUACUGGUAACUGACAUGAGUAAUGCUGAACAAUACAGAAGCUAUAGACUGGACAUUAAAAGAAGACUAAUUAGUCCAUAUAAGAAAAAGCAGAGAGAUCUUGCUAAAAUGAGAAAAUGUCUCAGACCAGAAGAACUGACAAACCAGAUGAACCAAAUAGAAAUAAGCAUGCAACAUGAACAGCUGGAAGAAAGCUUUCAGGAACUUGUGGAAGAUUACCGACGUGUUCUUGAACGCCUCGCUCAAGAGUAGAGCUUAUUUGGCUCUGUACAGGAAGUUUGGAAAUUUCUGUACAUUGUGUUAUGGAAAAUCUGAUGAUGACUUUAAUUUUAAAAUCUUGUAACAUUUACUUACAUUAAAAGUUAUCUAUCUUA